AUGAUUAACGAAGAAAAUACUCAAAACUGUAUUUCUGUUAUAAUACAAGAUGAAAGUUUAAAAAAUAUUAAAAAAGAAAUUUAUUGUCCACCGAUGAUUAAUGAACAAAAUGAAGAAGUAAGGGUAGGAAAUGGAUGUUUGGAAGGGAUGGAUCCUGUUACUGGUAAUUGUAUUCGAAUUCCAAAAGAUCUAAAAGAAAAGAAAAUUGAAUCAAAACAACAACAAAAUAAUCAAAAACAAUUUUUAGAUGUAAAUUUAUUAGAAAAAGGAGAAAGUAUUAGAAGUAAUAAAAGUAGUGGAAGUAGUCAAUCAAGUAGUAGAGAAGGAGGGGGAGGGAAUAAACAACAAAAUACUUGGUCUAAUCGUUUAGUACAUACUUUGAGUAAUAGAAAUAGAUCUGAAACUAAUGGAGGAGGUGGAGGAGGUGGUGGAGGAGGAGAUACUUCUUAUGGUGGUUCUAUAAUUGGUGAUGAUGAUGAAUGGGAGGAUGAAGGGGCUGAUAAUUGUAUUUUUGGACAUCAGAUUCGUUUUACAAUAAUGGUUAUAUCAACACUUUGUUUGUCUUCAAUUUUAUCAAAUAUUUUAACAUUUAAUUUCACUUAUAUUUGUAUGGCUGGUGUUCGUCCAGAUAAUUUUAGCCAAAUAAAUAUUUCUUCCACAAAUUAUGACGAAGAUUUGGAUUAUUCUAGUGCAGAAAGAACAGCUUUAUUUAUGGCUGUAGCUGUGGGGGCUUUACUUGCUGUAUUUCCUUUAACUAUUUUACUUGGAAAAUUUGGGUCUAGAAUUGUUUUUGGAUGUCUUGGAUAUAUGAGUGCUUUAUCUACUCUUUUGAUACCUAUAGCGGCAGUUAACGGCUUUCCUUAUAUUCUUGCUAUGAGAAUAGUUCAGGGCGCUGCAUUUUCCGCCUGUCUCCCGGUGAUGGGUUCAAUCACCUCACAUUGGUCUACUUUAAAACAGAAUGGAAUAUUUAUUGCUAUAUUAUCUAGUUUUUUACAGAUAGCUCCAUUAUUUACCAUGCCUUUAGCUGGUGAAUUAUGUACAUCUUCUGUUGGGUGGCCAGCUGUAUAUUAUUUACAUGGACUUGUUUCUAUAAUACUUUUUACUUUAUUUAUGCUGUAUCACAGAAAUUACCCACAUGACCAUCCAAUGGUUAGCAGAACAGAAUUAGUUAAAGUUAUGUUUAAUAAAGGAGGCUCUAUUUACUCUGGACCUGGAAAACAACACAAAAAAUCUCCAAAAGUUCCUUAUAAAGCAAUGUAUAGCGAUAUGGCUAUUUGGGCUAUUUUAGUUGCUUCAUUUGGUAAUUUUAUGGGAACACAAUUAUCUCUUCAAUUUAUGCCUACAUAUAUUAAUAAGGCAAAUCAUUUAAUUUAA